GUUGUGGUAUGAUGUCAUGAAAGAGCGCCGCGCUCUUGCAUCUGUUGUGAUUCGAAUAAAGAAAGAGUGUCCAAACAAACAAAACUCCUGGUGAAGUAACUGAGAUCAACGUGAUAUACUAUUAUAAAGAUGGCAUUUAUUAAAGAGGAGAGUGAACACCUGGAGAUUCAAGAAGCAUUCAGAGUCAAACAUGAAGAUACUGAGGAACAAACAGACCUGAUGACACUGAAAGAAGAGAGCCAAGAGCGAGAAAUGGAAGAGCAUGAUCAGAAUGAAGAACAUCAUGGUUUAAUAAAUGGGGAAAAAUCUUUUAGUUGCUCACAGACUGAAAAGACAUCAUUAGAAGAGAAAAAAAAAGCACAAAAGACAGGAGAUUAUGUUACGUGCCAACAGGAUGGAAUACGUUCCACUCAAAAAGGAAACCUUAAACGGCAAAAUAGAAUUCACACUGGAGAGAGCCCUUUUACCUGUCAACAGUGUGGAAAGUGUUUCAGUCAACAUGGAAACCUUAAAGUCCACAUGAGAAUUCACACUGGAGAGAACCCUUUCACCUGCCAACAGUGUGGCAAAAGUUUCAGACGAAAAGAAAACCUUGAAGUACACAUGAGAAUUCACACUGGAGAGAACCCUUUCACCUGCCAGGAGUGUGGAAUAAGUUUUAACAGAAAAGGAAUCCUUGACAGGCACAUGAGAAUUCACACCAGAGAGAAGCCUUACAUAUGCCAACAGUGUGGAAUAAGUUUCACUCAAAAAGGAAGCCUUACACGUCACCUGAGAAUUCACACUGGAGAGUGCCCUUUCACCUGCCAGCAAUGCGGAAUAAGUUUUAUUCGAAAAGGAAGCCUUAUACGGCACAUGAGAACACAUACCGGAGAGAAGCCUUACACAUGUCCUCAGUGUGGAAGGAGUUUUCCACAUAAACCAACACUUAAUGCCCACAUGAGAAUUCACACUGGAGAAAAGCCAUUCGUAUGUGGCCAGUGUGGAAAGAAUUUCAGAUUCAGUGUAACACUUAAUCAGCACCUGAAGAUUCACUCAAGAGACAACUGAUUUAUGUCAUUGGUGUGGACUGAUUUUCACAGACAAAUACUUUAAGAGGCAUGUAAUAACUUUUUAUGUGUGACCACUUUAGAAAGACUUGCACAAAGCAAACCUUGACAUAAGAAUAAUAUAAGAAUUCAGAGUGAAGAGAUGCCUUUCACCUGCCCUUUUUUGGGUAUGUGUACAGUGCACAUACAUUUUGAAUUUCUUCACACUAGUUUUCACAAGGUGGCAACACUGGCCUGGGGUGGUCUUUUACGGUCUGAAAAGAAACAAGAAGACAGAACAAGAACAAUUUGAUAUCAGAAUUAAGUUUAUUCACCAAGUGUGUGCAAACACACAAGGAUUUUUAUUUUUUUUUCGGAGCUCUUGGUACAUGCAUACCUAUUAUGAGAACAGAAAGAACAUUUUAAAAAGACAAAAACAAAACAAUUGUAUAAGUGUGGAACAGAUUUAUGUACAGAUUUGUGCAUUAUUAGCUGUAUAUGCGGCUGUAUAAAUGUGUAUGUAUUUGCGAGAGAAGCAAUUAUUAGAAAUGGAGAAAUGAAUUACAUAAAACAGGUAGGCCCUAAUCAAUUCUGUGUUAGCUGUUUAAGAGUUAGAGUGACUGAUGAAGCAAUGCUGUCAUCAAAGGCUUUGAAUGAGUAUACGGCAGAAAUGAAUAAAACAUUUUUUUAACUCUUAAGUUGUAGUCUAUUUUAAUUAGUGUAAUUUCAAACAGAGCUAUUCCAGCACUUUUCUGAUUCUUAAUUUCUGUGCAUUUGAUCCUGACACAAUAAAUAAAUAAGUGACAUCACGUUGAUGGAAUAUAUAUAUAUAUAUAUAUAUAUAUAUAUAGCUCAGAAUGUAAGUCUGAAUAUAAAAUUAAGAGUCUUGAUAUAUAAAUGUAAAUUUAUUGAAGUGUAAAU